CAAAGUGAUUAAUAAAAUUCCCCGAAGAAAGAAAAAUAAUUUAGUGAGAAAUAACCUUCAAUAAUCAACCAGCUGCCAACUCAUCUCGACAAUUCGUAAAAGACUGGACUGUCAUCAACGUAAACAGUAAUUUUUGUGAAAAAUAUCAAUAGACAAAUACGCCAUGAAGUAACAGCUCUGUCAGUAAACCCACCAGUUAAAACAAUAAGAUUUGAUAAAAUGACGAGUACUACAAUCGGAUAUAAUCCCGAAAAUAAUACGAAAUUUUUUGAAUCUCUGCAGGCUGAUUUAAAAACACUCAGUUCUGAAACUAAGAAGAAAUAUCCGCAAAUAAAAGAAUCAUGUGAAGAAUGUAUGGCAAAAUUAAGAACAGCGAUAAAUAAUCCCGGUACUCCAAUUUACCCGGUUGUCAAUCAAAUUCUUUACCCUCUGGUUCAAGGAUGUGAGAGUAAAGAUGUCAAAAUAGUUAAGUUUUGCUUGGGAAUGAUGCAAAGACUGAUAACCCAACAGGCAAUAGAUCAAAAAGGUGCGCGUUAUAUAACAGACACGCUGUGGAUGUUAAUGGAACUGGGUAUGGAAGAAGUUAAAGUCUUGCAGACAGUAACUCUUCUGUUGACGAGUAAUACUAUCGUCCAUGGAGAAAUACUGUCGAGGAAUUUAGUCCUGUGUUUCAGACUUCAUUUUACGAAAGAUUCGACAACGAUAAAUACCGCAAGUGCGACAGUAAGACAACUGGUGUCUUUGGUAUUCGAACGCGUGAUAGCAGAAGAUGAAAAAAAUAAAAAUGACGUGGAGACGGAAAAAAGUGCAUUGGAAGAAUUGAAGGCUUGCACUGGGCAGCCGCCAAAAGGGCUGGCUCCCUGUGCCGCUGAUGCUUUUCUGAUGUUCCAGGAUCUUGUGCAAUUGGUCAAUGCAGACUCGCCGUACUGGUUAAUUGGCAUCACAGAAAUGACGAGGACUUUUGGACUAGAACUUUUGGAAUCUGUUCUUACUAAUUUUUCUUCUGUAUUUUUCAAACAUCCGGAGUUUAGUUUUUUAUUAAAAGAACGUGUCUGUGCGUUAGUUAUUAAAUUAUUUUCUCCUAAUAUUAAAUAUCGUAAUUCUGUACCGGCAUCAGUGCAGCAAGCAACGCCACUUGACAAACCGUAUUUUCCAAUUAGUAUGAGACUUUUGAGAGUUGUUUCUAUACUAGUACAAAAAUAUCACUCAUUAUUGGUAACUGAGUGUGAAAUAUUUCUAUCAUUAAUUGUUAAAUUUCUGGAUCCUGAUAAACCAGCAUGGCAACGAGCGCUAGCGCUAGAAGUUUUACACAAAAUGACAGUUCACACUGAUCUUCUGACGAGUUUUUGCGAGUGUUACGACUUGAAACAACAUACGACACAUAUUUUUCAAGAUAUCGUUAACAGUUUGGGUGCUUAUGUGCACAAUCUUUUUAUUAACUCGCCGGUUGCAAGUCAAGCUGCUGGAGCUGCGGUACAAACAGCUCAAGGUACAGCACCAACUUUGCUGGCAGGGAUGCCAGUAGGACCGGGUGUGACACCUCAGCCCGGAUUCUAUUCACGUGGAGUCUGGUUGCCUGUAGUCGCGACCUUUUCUAGCGGUCAAGCUAAACCAGUUUACCUAGAAAUGCUUGACAAAAUAGAGCCACCACAAAUUCCUGAUGGAUAUGGAAUAAGUAUCGCGUACGCAUGUUUACUGGACAUUAUUGGUUCGAUAUCACUGGCGAUAGUCGGACCCAAGGAACAGGGCCGUGAAAAUCGUUAUAAUCCAUCAGAAGUUGAGCGAAAAUUACAUGUACAAUUAAUAAAUUCAAGCUGGUGUGGACUAUUGGCUGCGUUGAGUCCUCUGGUGGAUGCGAGUACCGAUGAGACAGCAACGGAAAAUGUUUUGAAGGCAAUACAGACUUUUGCGUCAUUGUGUGGAUUGCUUGAUUUACAAACACCGCGUGAUGCAUUUAUAACAGCUAUAUGCAAAGCUUCUUUACCGCCGCACUACGCGCUUACUGUUUUAAAUAGCGCGCCUCAAGGAAUCCCAUCAGCCAGAUUGCAGGAGCCAAGUCAGUACAAUCCUUCUACGAUGGGUGAACAGGAUUACCGUCAGCAAGUCGUUGCCGUGGGCACUCCACUACCAACAGCAUCGCUUCCGAUCGGAGCGCAACAAGGACCUGUUAUGCUCACUGCUAAGAAUCUCCAGUGUAUGCGAGCAUUGCUGAUGCUGGCGCACUGUCACGGAAGUAUUCUCGGCAGCGCGUGGCACUUGGUGCUGACGACUCUUCAACAUCUAGUCUGGAUACUCGGUCUCAAGCCGUCGACCGGAGGAUCUCUAAAAGCCGGAAGAACAGCUACUGAUUCAAAUGCUGUGCUGACGACAGCGGUGAUGGCUGAUCUACCGGUACUCAGUGCUAUGCUCAGCCGGCUUUUCGAAAGCAGUCAAUACCUCGACGACGUUGCUUUGCAUCACCUGAUUGACGCUCUAUGUAAACUAAGUCAAGAAGCCAUGGAACUCGCAUACUCGAAUCGAGAACCCUCUUUAUUUGCCGUAGCAAAACUUUUGGAAACAGGUCUAGUCAAUUUACCGCGAGUGGAAGUUCUCUGGAGACCUUUGACUAAUCAUCUGCUAGAAGUUUGUCAGCAUCCACACAUAAGAAUGCGUGAGUGGGGCGUCGAAGCAAUAACGUAUCUAGUUAAAGCAGCUCUGCAGCACAAGUACCCUCAGCCUCUUCGUGAUAAUCAAAAGCUACAAACACUAUUACUGGGACCUCUAGCUGAACUGUCCUCGGUUCGACACGCGGACGUUCGUCGUCGCCAAUUGGAGUGUGUUCUCCAAGUGCUUCAAGGCGGUGGAGAGACUCUCUUCCACGGGUGGCCUCUAGUGCUUGGGAUAAUCGGCGCAGUGUCAGACCAUCACGGCGAAGCACUUGUCCGCAUUGCUUUCCAGUGUCUUCAGCUAGUCGUGACUGAUUUUUUGCCAGUUAUGACCUGGCGUUGUCUUCCAUUGUGUGUUGAUACAGCUGCUAAAUUUGGUUCCCAAACACAGGAGUUGAAUAUUUCACUUACAGCCGUAGGGUUGAUGUGGAAUUUGAGUGAUUAUUUUUUUCAAAACCAAGAAAAAUUAUGUCAUUCAUUGAAAGGUGAUACCGGUUCAAUAUUUCCUGAUUUUCCGGGUACGACAAAUAUGCCGGCGUUCGAUAAACUUUGGAUGUGCCUUUACACUAAAUUAGGUGAUCUGUGUGUUGACUCGCGACCGGCUGUUCGUAAAUCAGCCAGCCAAACAUUAUUCUCGACAAUAUCUGCUCACGGGGGAUUACUCCAUCAGCCAACAUGGCAAGCAGUGCUCUGGCAAGUAUUAUUUCCGUUACUCGAUAAGGUACGUAAUUUAUCUAGUUCAGCGAGCAACGAAAAAGUUGAUACAAGUGGAAACAUUUUAAUUCACCACAGCAGAAACACUGCGCAAAAACAGUGGGCGGAGACACAAGUACUGACACUAAGUGGGGUCGCGAGAGUAUUCAACACAAAACGACAGUUGCUGCAGAUGUUGGGUGACUUUCCACGUGCUUGGUCUCUGUUACUCGAGUUCAUUGAACACUCGGCGUUGAGUAAAAACAACGAAGUUUCUUUAGCGGCAUUGAAGUCAUUCCAGGAAAUUUUAUACAUUCAAAAAAAUGGAGACAAUACGGAAAAUAUGCCAGCAGGUGAACCCGAGACGUUGUGGUUCGUUGCGUGGCGCGUUUGGCUGAAUAUCGGAAUGGAGAGUGCAACACCUCCUAAGGACGACGAAGUUGAACCAUACGUACCUUCACAAGCAUUCCUAGCAGCUCUUGUACAAAUAUUUCCAGCUUUAUUCCAGCACAUAAGGACUAAAUUCACGGGCGGAGACCUCAAAAAAUUAUGUAAAGUAUUGAAAAAUGUUGUGCAAGUUCCCGUCCACGGCGAAUCAACUCCUUAUAUUCUCCCCACUGUCCCGGAUGUCGUGCUGACUCAGCUGCAAGACGGCGUGCUUCAUUCAAUGGAACUUUUGAAAAAAGAAGCUCUCACAGGUGCUGAUAAUCUUCGUACUAUGAUCGGAUUGAUAUUCCUGCAGCUGCUUAACUUUACAAAACUCGCUUGUCAUGCUCCAACUUACGGUAAAUUGAUAACAAAACAUUUGUCACAAGUCAGAGGCAUGUCCGCUGACUGGGUCACUAUGAACUAUGUACCUUUUGGAGAGAAAGCUUUGACAAUGGUGGUUAAUUUAUACCAAAAAACAGCCGGCGAACAAGUUGUCAUUGAUGAAGAAAUUUUAAAACAUAUUAUCGAAGCUCUGCGUGUUCCGCUGUCAAUGAAGUACGCGUGCCCGUCAUCAUCCACGUGGAAAUUAGCCGUGACGAGUCUGCUCGCUGUUUUGCAUACCGGGUUACCUUUGGCGCGAAUGUAUCCAGAUAAAUUUCAAAGCAUGUGGCCCGUACUCGCCGACACUAUGGACGAAUUUUUGUUCCCCAAGAGUGUCGUUAAAGUCGAACGAAAUAUCGAUGAAAUCCAAGCAGACGAAGCCGUUGACUGUCAAGUCAUGGAGCUGCUGAGAGACAAAGUACUGCCCCACUCAGUUCACAUACCCCAUCAAUUUAUUCUACGCGUUAUCAUGUUAUUGAAUAAAGGGUCCAUUCACUCAGCAACAUCAACAAACAUUGAAAUGAAUGGGGAGACUAAAUUAAGGGAAGAGUUCGCUAAAACUUGUUUUGAAACAUUGUUACAAUUUUCAUUACUCGAAGGCUUGAAUAACGUUCCCGAGUUGUCGAUUGACAAAGAUUGUGAUGAAUGCGGAAUUGCCGGGCGACUCGCUGUCACAGCUUUGCUCCACAGAUUUCAAGAAGUACUUUGGCGUUACAUCGAAGACGAACGACGAAGUGGAAAGUGUCCAUUGCCACGCUACCGAAUGUCUGAAAUAUCAUUUGUGCUAAAAGCAGUUGCGACUCUUGUGAUUUCUUUAAAAAAAGCCCCCGCCAAUAAAGUUGAACGUUCUGUGUGGAUGCAAUUAAUUGAACUCUAUCCCUGUUUAGUCGAGUGCAAUUUAGCGACAGCUUCACCUCAAGUAUCGCGAUCACUCAGAGAAGCUCUGAUGCAGUAUCAUGAUUUACUACGACCUCCUGCUGAUAGUCCUCUUACGUCAAAUGGUGUUUGACCUAGGCAUUCUGUUUUAUUAAAUUAAUAUUUCACGCACUAUAAAUUCAUAGUUAACAUACAUUAUAUAUAUAUAUAUUAAUAUUGUAGAUUUUUAAAUUUUAUUUAUUGAUUAUCAAUUAUUCAUAUACAUUUAUAUUAAUUAUUUAAUUUUGAAUAUCAGAGAUCAUUUAAAUAAUAAUAAUAUUAAUAUACUUGUACGUUUUCAUUUCACGACAAUAUGUGAGAAAAUUUUACAUUGAUAUAAAUUGUUUUUGUAAAGAAAAACUAAAAAAAAAAUUUACAGCUGCUGUGAUUGUAUGUUGCUUGGAAGAAAAAAAAUUAUUUGCUUAAUAUCAAAUGUCACUAAUUUAAAAUAAGUAUAUAAAAUAAUAAAUCAUGCAAUUAAUUAAGAUCAAAGAGGCCUUAGUCAAUUUAUUAAAUUCAUGUUCAAAUAAUGCAGGUAAUAAUUGUGUAUAAGAAUUUUUAUAUUUUUAUUUUAUCAAUUGUAAUUAUUAUUAUUUUGUUUUCUUUUGUAUAUUUUAUUUAAAAAAAAAAUAAAUAAAGACAUUUAAUUCUUAUAUUUAAUUAUUAGAUAGCUUUGAAAAUUCAAAAUUAAUUGUUUUUUAUAAUUAAGAACAAAAAGAAAAAAAAUUGUGUUUUGUAACAGGGACAUUUGUAUAUUUUAAGCAUCUGCUCAUUGUAAAAAAUUAAUUUUGUAUAGUUAUAUAAUCAUAAAUUAGUAAUUUAAAAAAUUAAAAAAUAUGGACAGAAAAAAAUUAAUAUUAAUUAUUACUAUAAAUAAAUAAUAAUUAAUAACAUUAGUUAUAAUUAUUUAAAUAUUGUUUAUAGUCGAAUUUAUUACUUACAUAUUAUUUACAAAUGCUAUACAUUAUUAUUUGUAGAUAUAUAUGAUAAAAAUAGUAGUUCGAUAGUAGAAAAAUAUCGAAUUUAAAAUAAUGUAAUAUUAUCAAACUACUGUGUCGACUGAUAUGUAUUACACAAUUUCCGCUGUAAUAACUACAUAAUAGUGAGUCUGAUGAAAGCUUUUUGACUCUUCGUUGUUCAAAUUAUUAUAUUAUACCGUUAUAAAAUUAAAAACUAAUUUAAAAUUUUAAUAAUUUACAAAAAUAAAUGAAUCAUCGAGUGCGAUUACAAAACUUUAAUAAUAUUACAAAUUUUUAAAAGAUCAAGUGUGAAUUAGUAUUAAUAAUUAAUAAUGUAAAUAUCCUAAUAAAUAUAUAAUACAAUA